AUGUUUAUACCUCGAAGAAUUCCCAGGAUAAUUUUUAAAUUUUCUAGAAUUCCCCGAGUAAAUUCAAAUAUUAUUAUUCCUAAACAAUCAUCAUCACCCUUUUCUUUAUUUCAUCAUCAUAAAAGUUAUAAAAAUCAUAAAGGAAACUUGAAAGACUUUGGAAAAUUUAAUUCAAAUAAUAAUUCCAAAUUAUUAUUAUUUACAUUCAUUUUAGUUGGUAGUACUACAGCAGUGACAGCAGCGGAAAUUUAUAAGAAUAAAAAUAAAUUCAUUUUAUUAGAAGAAUCAUCAAAUUAUUCUCCUCCAAAUUAUGAAGAAACCACAGCUUAUGAAUUAUUAAGUCAACCUGUGGUUAUUGCACUUAGAAUAGAACCUGUAAGAAAUACCAAUGGACAACAUCUUAGAGAUGGAUUUACUCGCACUCUUACAAAUAGAUUACAAAAUGAACAUCAUUUAAAUGAGUUUGAAAUUGAACAAAUAUUAGAAGCUAUUAAAGAAUUUAAAUCAAAAUUUCCAAAAACUUCAAUUAAAGCUGGAACUUCAAUGAUUUUGACUAAACAAAAAGAUGGGAAUUUAAGAAUGGAAUAUGAAGGAAAAUAUUAUGGAACAAUAGAGAAUUUAUGGAUAGCCAAGAAUUUAUUUAUGGGAUAUUUAACUUCUAAUAAUCCUAUUUCUAAAGAG